AAGAAAAGAAGAAUGGUUGGGAAGUCAUACGUUGGAAAACAGAAGCAGAAGGAAAUAAUGAGGGAGCCAUGGGCAAUUGGGCCUAGAUGUUCAUCAGCAGCAUGUGCCAAGUCAGCUAAACAUCACUGCAGUGCAAUCGGCACGCCUGAGAGGAAUAACAUUUUCAAUGAGUUUUGGCAACAUAUGACCUGGGAGGAGAAGAGGAUGUAUGUGCAUGGUUUAAUUGAUGUGGUCCCCGUGCAAAGGAGAAGAGGGUAUGAAAAUUCUCGAAGAUCAAAUUCUUUUUUUAAUUUUUUACGGGUCAGCGGGCAGAGAAGACGCGUCUGCAAAAGUAUGUUUUUGUCUACCCUAGGAAUAGGCGAGUGGUCAGCCCUUAACUGGGCAAAGGAGGGACCCACACAAGCAGACACAGAGGGACAAACACACAGCAACGCACGUCGUUCAGUGGCAGGUCAUGAAUUCAUUCACAGCUUUUUACAGGAUCUCCCAAAGGUGCCCUCACACUACUGCAGAUCCACAACAUCCAAACAGUAUCUGGAACCUGUGUUUCAAUCGAUGGCUGAUCUGUAUGCAGUGUAUUGUCGCGCUGCAGCAGAGAAGAAUGCAACACCUUUGUCAAGGCAAGUGUUCACAGAUGAGUUCAAGCGUCUCAACCUAGGCCUUUACCACCCAAAAAAAGACCAGUGCAACAUCUGUUGUGCUUUCAAGACCGGCAACUUACCUGAUGACGAGUGGCAGCACCACCUCCUGCAAAAAGAAGAGGCCCGCGCCGAAAAGUUGUCUGACAAAAACAAGGCCAGCAACAACACUAUGGUCUUAUGUAUGGACUUGCAAGCCCUCCUUUUGUGCCCAAAGCUAAAAGCCUCUGCCUUGUAUUACAAAACAAAGCUUGCAGUUCACAAUUUUACUGUGUACAACAUGCUGACACACAGUGCCACAUGUUAUGUCUGGCAUGAAGGUGAGGGAUCCCUGUCUGCCAGUGAGUUUGCUUCAUGCAUUGUCGACUACCUCUCUGCACACACUGAGCCUGACACAUUUAUUCUGUGGAGUGACGGCUGCGGGUAUCAGAACCGGAAUGCAGUUCUAAGCAAUGCACUUCUUCAGUUCUCUAUGAAGAAAAACAAAGUCGUCAUUCAGAAGUACCUUGAGAAAGGGCCUACUCAGAUGGAAUGCGACUCCGUUCACAGCGUCAUCGAGAGGCGUCUGAGGGACCAGGAUGUGUAUCUCCCAGCAGAGUAUGUUAACCUGAUGAAGAAGGCCCGUGUGAAGCCUCAUCCAUAUGAAGUCAAGUACAUCGACCACACCUUCUUCCAGGACAUCACCAAGCUGAGGCUCUGCAAGUCUCUGCGCCCUGGAGUAAGGCCUGGUGACCCAACUGUCCACGAUAUCAGAGCCAUCAGGUACAACAACAAUGGAACGAUGGACUUCAAAAUAAACCACUCUGAUGACUGGCAUCCACAUCCAAGUCACCAACUCCGAAACUCCACCUCAGACAGCCACACAGUCACCCCACUCUAUUCAGACCGCCUGAAGAUCAACGAGCUGAAAUUCAAACACCUCCAAGACCUGAAGGAAGUCAUCCCAAAGGAUUUUCACAGCUUUUACAACAAUUUGCUUCACUAGCUUAGAAACUUGAAACUUGAUAAGAAACUUGGUGAUUUUCUUUCUUCUGCUGAACACAAAGGAAGAUAUUUUGAAGAAUGUCAGUUAUCAAACAGUUAACUGGACCCACUGACUUUCAUAGUAUUUUUUUUCCUACUAUGUAAGUCAAUGGGUCCAGUUAACUGUUUGGUUACUGACAUUAUUCUAAAUAAUUAUCUUCCUUUGUGUUCAGCAGAAGAAAGAAACUCUUGAAAACAACUUGAGGGUGAAUAUAUUACAGAAUUUUCAUUUUGAAGUGAACUAUCCCUUAACACAGGCAAUGUAACAACACACACAGAGCACAGAUACACGCACACAGACAAGGGCUCACCCUACUCACAAACACAAAUACACUCAGUAAUGGGCUUAGUAAAGCAAGCCUUGUCUGUGUGCAUGCAUCUGUGAGGCUAUGUGCGUGUUGUUACAUUGCCGUCAUAUUGACUGUUAAUCUGUUAAACUAUGAUAUCAGUUAAGAUAUCAGAUAUUUUUAUAGUUUUGAUAUCAGAUAUCAAUAAUAUUUAUUAUUUAUGUAUUUAUGUAAUAUCUACUUUUUUACUAGGCUUAUUAAUAGACAUACAUGUGCAUUGAAGUUUUUAAAUGUAUCUGAUAUAAUACUUGAAUUAAAUUGAAUGAUUUGGAUACCACCAUUAAAUUAUUGUUUUUAUUAUUAUUUUAUUGACUUAGCUUUUAUUUUUAUUAUUAUUUUACUGUUCAGCUGUUUGGCCUACUUCUAGACUAUGCCUCUCUUGACACUGUGCAUGUAAAAUAGUAGCAAGUUUUUAUUUAUGGGAGAAAAAGGGCUGUCUAAUGGCGCCAAGUAAGCCUAUCUUUGGAUAACUCUUGUCUGUUUUUUAAACAAUAACGAGUGAAAAUAGUUAGUUUAGAUACAUUUGAGUAGGCCUGUUUUGUUAAAAAUCGAUAGCUGUAAUGCUUACGUGCAGAAUGAAGCCUGUGAGCCAUGAAGGUAAGUUUGCAUGCAGAUUAGGAUAAUUUCUGUCUAUUAGACAGCCUAGUCACCUCAUCGUUUUUUGUAUUUCAUUACUUAUAGCUCUUAAACCUUUAAAAUAGAGUGUAGGAAGAUGUUAGCACAGUUAUUAAUUUUUGUAACUACUGAAGCCUUUUCUCGUCAAAAGG